AUGGACUGGGCCAUGAAAUUCUUACCGAUUACAUUCAGAGAAAAACAGAGCAACUGGUAUGGCCAGAAGGGCUUAAAUUGGCACGUAUCUGUGUGCAUUUACAAGGAUGAAGACUCAAAUUUAAAGCAUAGAACAUUUGCACAUGUGAUGGAUGGAGUGCAACAGGACUGGUUAGCAGUUGCAUGUCUCCUCGAGGACACACUUCAUCACAUCAAAAUUCAACUUCCAAAAACUACUAGGGCAUUCCUGAGAAGUGAUAAUGCUGGUUGCUACCACUGCGGCAACUUAUGGCUUGCCAUUCCAGGCAUUAGUAGGCGUACUGGUAUUUCCAUAGCCAGCUAUGACUACAGCGAGGCCCAAAGUGGGAAAUCUUAUUGUGAUGCCAAGAUUGCCCAUAUGAGAGGGAAGUUGAGUAAAGAAGCAGCAUCAGGCCAUAACAUCAUCACAGCUACUGACAUGAAAUCAGCUAUAGACUUGCAUGGAGGAACGACUGGAUGCCAAGCUUCAAAUGUUGAACUCCUUGAAAAACCCUCUCCUGCAGCCAAGUGUCCAAUAAAAGGCAUCACUAGAAUAUCAAAUGUGAAGUUUGGUGAAGGACUUAUAACAACUUGGCGAGCCUACAACAUUGGAAGGGGCAAAGAAUUCCCUAUUGAACAUGAAAACAAAGAUAUUGCAGAUUUAGAAAUAAAAUCAGGUUUUGUUGCGAGUCAUGGAGCAGAAGGGAACAUUCGGAAACCCACAGAUAGUAGGAAUGAUGAGAAUUAUGCAGUUGAUCAUUGCUUUCCUUGUCCUGAAGAAGGAUGUACUCAGACCUUUACUAGAUAUGGGGAUAUGCAAAACCAUUGUUUCCUUGGCAACCAUACUUAUAAACUUCAAGCAAUGUCCACCUAUGAUGAUAUCAAGAUGAGAUGGCGGAAUGCAUGUUCUUUAUUGUCAGAGGAUACCCUGAAACACGCUUCUAGUACUGGAGAGGAAGUCACAGAUCAAAGUUAUGUGCAGUCUGACAUGGGGUGGGCCUUGAAAAAAGACAGAAAAAAUGCUCGAUUUUCGGAUGAUCUGAAAUCCUAUUUGACUGACAUCUUCCAACAUGGAGAGAAUGGUGGAACAAAGGUGCACCCAUUUAUAGUUUCUCAGAAUAUGAGAGUGGCCAAGAACGAACGCGGGGAAAAAAGAUUCAACCCAAACCAAUAUUUGGCAGUUGGUCAGAUAUCUUCCUUUUUUCAAGACUUUCAGCUAUGAAAAAAAACAUCUACUAACGACAUGAAUGAUGGUGAUUUGGAUGCAAUCUUUCUGAAUAUUGCAAAGGCUGAUGUUAUAGCAGAAUUUCAAUAGGAAUUCAAAAUCUUUGACAAAAAUAGUGUCUACUUAUGCUUAAAACUGGAUUCUAAAUAUUACAUGUAAUACAUAUUGUGCUAUUGUGUACAUGUAUACAUGUAUUAUAAGUUACUGUGCAUUGAAGUCUUUGAUGUAGAUCUACCAGAAUUCUUAAUGUGAUUAUGUACAGAUAUUAGUGUACGGUUAGUAUAUCAAGUGUACCAGUUUUGACAGCUGUCACUUAAACAAGUUUAUAAAAUACAAAACGGGCAAUGCUUAGUGUGAUCGAGAGACCAUUUGAUUAAAACCAGUUUUAUAAGGAGUGGGUGUAGCAAAAAAAGUCACCAACAUUCACAUGAGAAUUUUAAGAGUUUUAAUAAUCAACAAACAAGUAUAUUUUUAUACACUUUAGGUACCAAUUUCCAUUUAUGUAGUAAAACGACUAACACUUAUGAUCUUCUAGGGCUGAUUGUGUUGCUAUCAAGCAACAGUUUUUUGUUGCUUAGCAAGAUACAAUAAAUUUAAAAAGCCCAUGAAAAUAAAAGUUGCUAAGUUUAUAUAUUGCAUACACUGUAUUUUAAUCUGAAGUAUUACAAUUUUUUUGGCAACAGAAAAAAGAAAAUGGUGUAAAACUUAAGAAAGAUGAUUCAGCAUUUUACAUGUAUAAGAACUAUGUACAUGUACAUGUAUAUUUUGUGGUCCUGUUGUAUUAAAUCACUUCAUACAUUCUUUUUUGGGGGAAAUAUUUUUAGUGUGUUAUAUCAUUGGUCACAAUAUAGAAUUGCAACAUUGAUUACUGAUAUUAUAUAAAAUGAGUCAAAUGACCUGUGAUUUAAAUUCAUUUUAAUUGUACAUGAUGUUGUAGAGUGGAGAGAUAGGAAACACAGUUGCAGAUGAAACAGUUGUGUAGUAUUUAAGAAAAGGCUGGUAAAGCUAUGCUAAUUAGCCUGUGAGUUCUCUCUUUCUAAUAUCACACGAUCCAUUGACAAUUUUAAAAAUUAAAUGCUACAUUUGUUUCGAUCAACAUAGUUACAUGAAUUAUCAAUUAUUGUCAACUGCCACAAAAUUAUAUUUUUCCCUUGUUGCUAUGACAACCUAAUUGUUACCAUGAC